AUGGACUCUCAGUCACCAUCCCUGGCUUUAGCAGACCCAUCUUCGCUCCGCGCUGCUGCUCUUCUAACCCUCAAGGCUAAGCGUCGAAAGCCUGCACUUGAACAGUCCUCUUCGUUUUCCAGGCCCCUUCCAGCAAGCGACGCCUUCCAGCUUGAUUAUGGUCAAGGGGAUGCACCCGAUCACUCUAUGGACACCUCCAAGCCAUCGAACAUCACUGCAAAUUCACCGCCGGUGUCGCCCGCUCAGCCUCCAGACACAAAGAAUAGAGAUCUCCAGAUGCGCGAGGAGGGCGAGAUAAGCGACGAGGAGGAAACCUCACUGCCAUCUCUAGCUCCCAAUCCCUCUCCGACACAGGGGAAGCCCUCGCCAUCUCCAGUAUAUUCUAAGAAUGUUGACGUGAGUUUUCUAACAUCGCCAAGGCGGGUGCCUGCUGCAGAAUUACCACGUCUACCACUUGCGGACCGGACUCCAAAUUUUUCUCCCGUAUCUAGAGCAUCUCACGAUAAUCAACCUGCCCCAUCGAAGCCUCUUCUGCAAGGCGUUAACCACGUUGAUAACUCUUCAGUCCUUGUCAGUGCUGAUCAAGUUCGCCCUGGCUUACCUCUUACACAAUCUGAGUACGACACCGCAAAGGAUAUCGUUCUCGAUAUUCUCGGAUGGGGUGUCCCACCUGAAUAUUUGGUUGAUUGUGGGCUCACUCGUGAAAUAAUAUAUUAUGUUUUCACCGAACUCAAUCUUCGCCUUCCGCAAAACCUUGAUAUCACUGGCCUAAUUCCAUACACCCCUGAUGCCGUCCUUGCGUUUCGCCGUCCUACUUUGAUGCCCCCUCCUCCACUUCCGGAGGCCAUACGCCGUUCUGUGUCGGGUUCAUCUCUAGCUUCUUCCAGUACACUUACGGACCCUCGACAAAAGAGGCGGACACCACCAAUGGCAGUUCUAUCACCGCCUUCUUCCGCUGGAAGUCCUACUGCCGGAGACUUGCACGACAUGGAGCGGCAGCGGCGUCAGGAACUCAUGGCUCGUAAAGCAGUUCAGGCUUCACGGAAGCUGAAGCAACUGGCAUAUACGGAUGCAACUUCCGUAAUCACGACAGGUGCGAUAAAUCAGGACGUGGAAAUGAUGUCUGCUGUGCCUACGGAAAGUGUGGACGACUUUCUCAACAGCAUUGGUCCCAUCCCGUCCACUGGUAGCACUCCUGGCCCCGCAGAACAGGUAGAAGCGGCUGAGAUGGAUGUAGAUGACAUUCCUGGCCUGGGGAUUGCACCUCGAGACGGUCCACGUACCCAAUCUUCUGCUGUGCCAUCAGAGUUUAUACCCAAGUUUCCAAUGGAACUCGGGGCCACGCGUGCUCCUUCUUCCGACUUGGUUGCCACUUUUGGUUCAGGACUAUCAAUGACUGAUGUUGGCCCCAGUGAGCCUUCCACACCGGACGUUCAUGGCUUUCAACGGAGGGGAGCUAAGCGGCCCGUCGCCGCAGAUUUUGUCGACUUUGAUUCUGCCCCUCGAAGCAAUGGAUCGGGAAACGGACAUGAGCACGCAAAUGGCUACCCACUCACGCGACGGAGAACUGGAGGUGCAAAUUUCACAAACCUUCGACCGGGAAAAUGUGUCAUCGACCUGAGCGACAGCGAAGGGGAAGACGCGGGUGGAGACGUACACCGCGGACCAAUGAAGCGCAAAUAUAGUUUGGCUGCAUCGCCUGGCCCAACGAGACCUCCUUCAGGGAACAUGUCACCUGCUGUGUUAAUGGAAAAGGAGCUCGAAAUUCUUCGAAUGAAACAGUUGAUAGCCGAACGGGAGCAGAGUCGGUUCAAGAAACUCGCAAUUUCGCGAUCCAUGUCCAAUCUGGAUACCAGCGAAUCUUUGGCUCCCAUCAAACAGGAAGAGGAUGAAUCAUCUGUACUCUUUCGAUUUGGGGAGGAUUCGAUUAAUAACGUUAGCGACCAUUCUUCGCAUUCUACCACCCCUCGUGAGUGUCGAGAUCCUCGUUUGGUGAUUAGGGGUAUUCACAUCUCUCUUAGAACAGUCCACUCUAUCCGACGAGCGCACUCCGUCAUUAGGUGUGCAGGCCCGUGA